CAGAAAGCAAGCAUUUCUGAAGCCAUGAUCAUUCCAUAAGUCGCGAUCAAACUCACAGUUCACGAGUCCUCUCGAAACCUAAAGUCCAAACACUUCCUCCUUCUCGCCGGUCGAUUUCGCGAAGCUCAGAUAUCAUCGAUGGCUGGAUAUAGUUCAGAUGACGGUGAUUAUUAUUCAGAUGGUGGUUGGGGAGAGGAAGACAGCGGUGGCUAUUGUUCAGAUGAUCGUUCAGAGCAGCAAGAAUUCAGCGAUUACGACAAUGUUAGUGAAUCCCAUGAAGGGACCGGCAGGGAAGAUAACCAUGAAGCGCAGGAUGAUGAUGAGGGCUCUUAUGAUGAAAAUGAAGGAACGGAGUCAGAGGAAUUGAAUGAUGAACUGGAACAUCAAGUUGGGGGCUAUGGGGCGCCAGGAAAUGUGAUUGUGAAUCCGGGGCAGGAUGGACCGCAACAAACUAUGACUGGAAGCAUUGGGAAGCAAUCGGGAGUUGAUGGAGGGCGACAUCCCGUGACUAGCUAUGAAUGGAGUUCAAGGACCAGGCAUCAGGAUAAGCGAACUGGGGACUAUGCGCGCGCGACCACGAAGCAUACUUUCGCCAGUGGCAAUACAUUAAAGGAGAGAUCCACGGGGAGAGUCGGAUUCAAGGAUGAGUACAAGCAGAGCACCACCGUCACGAUCGGCAACAAGGGAGGCUACUCUGAGUAUCACCGGGAAGAGAGGUUUCGGACCGUUGAGUUUGGGAAAAGCAGCGGCAACUGCAGUGGCAGCAGCAUCUCAGGCCGACCAACAAGAAGAAAUGAGGAUCAUAAAUGACCUCAUCUGAUCCGCCGCUUUAUCUAGUGAUGUUUGAAGACUCGGUUUCUGCUUCUAGGGGUUAGUAACUAGACGUGCGAUCUGUCUUACAUAUGCUUUAGUUUGUGAACUCGCCCAUUUCACUUUUGGUUUGCUAAACUUCUGACCUUGCUUGUUGGGACUUUACAACAAGCCACGCGAGCCUAUGUGAGAACUCGGAGAACCGGGGUGUUUGUUAUUUGAUCUCUCUUGUUGAUUACUCUUGCCUUUUGGAGAGA